AUGAAUAGCAUUAAUGUUGAUACAAAGAAUAUCUAUUUUACCAGUGAUGGUAAAGCCAUUUAUUCUAAUUCUAAUACUUUGAUUUAUUGUGCUUCGAAUGUGGGUACUACAUUCACUGUUCCAUCAAAUGUCCCUGUUAUUGGAGAAGGUGCUUUUGUAAGUUCUCAAUGCCAAACAAUUAUUCUUCCAAAUGAAUUAAAAGAAAUAAAAUAUUUUGCUUUUGCAAACUCCAAAAUAACCAGAAUCGAUAUUCCCGAUUCGGUAACAGAUAUUGCAAGCUCUUGUUUUAUUAGUUGUCCGAAUUUAGAAUAUGUUAAACUUCCGAUUAAUUUGAAAAGUAUUAAUGCCAGUUGUUUCAAGGCUUGCUCAUCGUUAAAAUCCAUUGUUAUACCUGAUAAUGUAACAGUAAUUGAGAAGAAUGCUUUUGCAAAUUGUCCGAAAGUUAAUUUGAUGUUUGCAGAAGGAUCACAAGUCUCGAUCAAUGAUCAAGGAUUGAUCAUCGACAAAGAUGAAUUAUACAUUUCACAAUGUGUUAAUGCAGAAGCAACGACUAUUCAAAUUCCAAACACAGUUACUAUCAUCAAGAAGUCUGCAUUCAAAGGUAAAUCUAAACUCCAAACUUUAUCACUGAUUGAUGUAACAUCAUCACUGACAACAAUAGAAGAAUAUGCAUUCUACGGCUGCACAAGUCUAACAUCAAUCCCAGACAUCUCACAAGUUACUUCAUUUGGACUUAGUUGUUUCCAUUAUUGCAACCUUCAAGGUUCAUUAACAUUCUCCUCUUCAACACUGUUUACUGAUGAACUUGCAUUUGCCAUUAACAAGAAUAUCCAAGAAUUGCAUUUCAAUAAUGCCGAAUCUAUUACUAUUUCUAAAAAUGCAUUUUCUAGCUGUAUUUCAAUUUCGAGUUUAACUUUUCCAACAUCAAGCUCUGUGAAGAAACUGAUGUCAUUAACUCAAUUGAAAUUAUGUGAUUUUUGUUUCUAUAAUUGUCCUAAUAUACAGUCUAUCACUUUGCCAGGUGCAGUGACAACACUCGGAGCAUCGUGUUUCAGAAACACAGGUCUUAAUUUCAUCUCAUUUAAAGGAAAUGUUCUUGGACAAACAGACAUUCCAUCUUAUUGUUUCCAAGACUGCAUUUCAUUAACAUCAUUCAGUUUCCCAAGUAAUGUUGACACAAUUGGGACAGGAGCAUUCAUCAACACAUCGAUCUCCGAACUUAACCUUCCAGACAGCAUCAAGUCACUGAAACCACUUUGUUUCAGCAACUGUCUUAGUUUGCGAAGUUUGACAAUCUCAAGCAAUUCGUUGCUCGAAUCGAUCGGAAAUGGUGUUUUCAAAGGAUGCACACAUUUUCGAUCUAUCAGUCCAUUCGAGAACAAAUUCUACACAUGCAUGAACAGUGCUAUCUACAAUGUUGAUUUAUCAAGUAUAAUAUUGUUCCCACCUGCAUCUGACCAGAAGUUCUUCUCUUUCUCAGACAGAGUUCGCAUCAUCGAAGAUGGUACAUUCUCCGGAUGCAAGAACUUAGAACUCGUCUUGAUUCCAGACAACUCUAUCGAAACUAUUGGUUCAUCUGCAUUCGAAUACUGCACCAAUCUCAUCAGCAUCAACAUCCCAAAGUGUGUUCAGUCCAUUGGUGUUGAUGCAUUCAUCGGUUGCGAUCGUCUUAAAUGCGGGUCGUUGUUGAGAACAAGACACGAUCAUACACCGACAUGA